AUAAUUUUAUGUAUAUAUUUCGUGCUACCCAUUUGUGCAGAACUUCAAAGGUUCCAACAUCAACCAAAUCACGAUGGAUUUCUCAAUUUUCUAGUCAUUGGAGAUUGGGGUAGAAAAGGGUUGUAUAACCAAUCCUUGGUUGCCACUCAGAUGGGAAAAAUUGGACACAAACUUAAUAUAGAUUUUGUUGUAUCCACUGGAGACAAUUUCUACGACAGUGGGCUAAAAGGUGUAUAUGAUCCAGCAUUUUUGGAGUCAUUUUCUAAUAUUUACACAGCUAAGAGCCUUAGGAAGCAAUGGUACUCUGUUUUGGGAAACCAUGACUACAGGGGGAAUGCACUGGCACAAUUAAGUCCUAUAUUGAGGAAAAUUGACAACAGAUGGCUCUGCCAGAGAUCAUUCAUUCUUAAUGCAGGAGUUGCUGAUUUUUUCUUCAUCGACACAACUCCAUUUAUAAACGAUUAUUUCAACAAUUCCAAUCAUCAUUACGAUUGGCGAGGUAUAUCUAGAAGAAAAUUUUACCUCAACAAUCUUCUAAAGGAUCUUGAAGAAGCAUUGGUAAAAUCAACAGCAAGAUGGAAAAUCGUUGUGGGUCAUCAUGCAAUAAGAAGUAUUGGGCAUCAUGGUGACAGUCCAGAGCUUGUAAAAUACCUCAUCCCAAUACUUAAGGCCAACAAUGUUGACAUGUACAUGAAUGGGCAUGACCAUUGCCUUCAACAUAUAAGAAGCAUAGACUGCCCACUACUAUACUUAACGAGUGGAGCAGGAUCAAAGGCAUGGAGAGGUGAUAUUAAAGAAAGUCAUUCUGAUGUGGUCAAAUUCUUUUAUGAUGGUCAAGGUUUCAUGUCUGUUCAAAUGACUCAAACUGAUGCAAUAUUUGCCUUCUAUAACGUCUUUGGUGAGAGCAUACACUAUUGGAAACUAACAAAGUCAACAAUGCAAUCCUCUAUUUGA